CAAAUUCAAAUACCUGAUGCGACUACUUUAAACCAUCGAUGUUGAAUGCGCCACUUUUGUUAGUUAUGUCUCCCACCAACAAAGCAAUUACCGCACACACACACACACACACCCACAAUGCGGCAAACUAUUGAAAGCGGCAACCCCAAAAACUAAUUUCGAAACCACUAAUUAAAUCCCUUCAGUCCUGCGAGUAAAAUCAACGCCACACUACAUAUUUCAGUUGAUUUACCGUGUCGCACGCGCCAGAGUCACAGCUUUCACACAUCCGAGUGGCGCCACCAACUACCCACACCAACGCAGCGUAACGCGACGUGACACAAUCACAACGAUAAUGGAAAUAGAAGAACGACCGGACAUAAAUAUGCCAACGACGGGCGAAACGAGCACCUCAAAUGGCACACCGAUAGUUGGCCGACGCAAAGCAACAACAGCAAUGCCACUUGGAAGCCCAGCAACACUCACUGCAAUAAUACUAUUGUUCAACAUAACCUCAGCCGCAUUAACUUUAGCUGCAGCGGUAACAUUGAAAACAACAGAAGCGGCUGCAGCGGCGCCAGCACAGCAGUCGGUGAGCAGCACAAUUGGCGCGAAUUCCAAUGGAAGCGCAGCAUUCAUAAGUGAUGCACACGUUAACACAACGACUAGCGCCUUGUCGGCGUCCACAGCGACCGCCGAUGUGCCGCUUGUUGCAACUACAAUGCCUUAUGCAGAAAGUGGCAGCAACAGCGGUGCGACGAGCACCAGCGCAAAUGCGCGCAUCAGUGGCAGCGUCGGCAGUGCGGUUGAGUUGCGCGACGAGGAGCAGCGGACCGAUUUAAUCAACAACAAAUGGGUGCAAAUCAUCUUCUGCCUCAUUUAUGCGACGAUAUUCGUGUUGGGCAUUUUCGGCAAUGUGCUGGUGUGCUAUGUCGUGUUGCACAAUCGCGCCAUGCAAACGGUGACCAACAUCUUUAUCACGAACCUUGCGCUCUCGGACAUACUGCUGUGCGUGCUGGGGGUGCCGUUUACGCCACUCUACACCUUCAUGGGUCGUUGGGUGUUCGGGCACACACUCUGCCACCUAGUUACGUUCGCGCAGGGUUGUAGCAUUUACAUUUCAACAUGGACGCUCAUGUCAAUUGCCAUCGAUCGUGUUUUCGUUAUCGUAUUUCCCUUCCGGCCGCGCAUGAAACUCUCCACCUGCAUACUGAUCAUCGUGAGCAUUUGGUUAUUCUCGCUGCUGUUCACAAUGCCCUAUGGCAUAUUCAUGAAAGUGGUCGUGUCGGAGCAAGCUAAUAUCGAUGAAUCGCUGAUUAACAGUACCUUACAGCCGCUCGUUGUCGUGAAUGACUCCAAUAUUGCGCACAGCACUUAUGUUGUUUCGUCUGCGGUCACAACGGCUUCAGCGCACGUACUAGAUGUAACGACGACCAGCUCAGCUGCGAGCGUGAAUGAGGCACUAGACGAUGCCACUACUUACACGAUUACCACCUACUGCGAAGAGAACUGGCCCUCGGAGUCCAUACGUCAGGUGUUCGGCUUUGUGACCAGCUCAUUGCAGUUUAUAUGCCCUUUUGGCGUGAUCACCGUCUGCUACAUUUGGGUAUCGAUAAAGUUAACUAUGCGCGGCUCAAAGCCCGGCUGUCGGUCGGUGCAGCGUGAGGAGGCCGAUCGCGAGCGCAAAAAGCGCACGAAUUAUAUGCUCAUAUCGAUGGUCGGCGUGUUUGCCAUUUCGUGGAUGCCCAUCAACAUGGUCAAUAUGAUGGAUGACUUCUAUGAGAAAUCGAAUGAGUGGCCCUACUAUACGUUCCUAUUCUUCGUCUCGCACUCGAUCGCCAUGUCGUCCACCUGCUACAAUCCCUUCCUCUACGCCUGGUUGAAUGAGAACUUCCGCAAGGAGUUCAAGCAUGUGCUGCCCUGUUUUAAUCCUUCCAAUCAUAAUGGCAUGAACUGGCGUGGUGUGCGAAAUCGUUCGGAUCGCAAUACCUGCGGACCCCGAUUAUAUCACGGCAAUGGCUGUGGCGCGGGUAGUAUGGAUAUCGACGAUGCCGAUGAUAAUGGCAUAACACAGGAGACCUCGUUGGCCAGACCAAAAGACAGGCUGACAAUUGUGCCACGUGAACCGACUUAUGGCAAUGGUAGCGGUUGUGGUGCCUUGUCUCCGAAUAGAGGUCUUAACUCGGCGCUGGUGCAUAAUUCUCAUGUUGUGGAUAUAGUAAUGAACGAUAAGGCUCAACAUCGGCCGCGUCGUACUACGACGGAUGAUGACUGCAUAUCGGGAGAUGAGCAGACCGUGGAGAUGCGAUUCUCGGAGACGCCGUUUGUGAGUUCAGACAAUGCGACGGGCACCAGUACGCUGGAGGCGAGCAGCAGUAAUGAGGUGGGCGAGCGAGGGUGUAACUGAGGAAGGGUAAUUGAGACGCACUUCUAAAAUCUGGAAAACGGCUUGCCGGCCACAUAUGUAUAGGCUAUCAAAUACUUUUAUAUAU